AUGUCUAUUUACAAUUAAGUAAUGGAGGCCAACUAUUCAUACAAAAAUAGAUAGACAUUAAGUAAUAAAGGUUAAUUAUAGAUUUUAAUCAUAGGUUUAAAAUUUAUUAAAAAUUAAAAAAAUGACAAGAAUCAGGUUAAACAGAGGAGUUAGACAUUUUAGUUAUCAAUUAAAUAUUCUUUUCAAUGA